AUGUGGUCAAUAGGACUAUCAGUUAAUUUAAUUAGAAGUAUUAUAGGAGAAUCAAUUGAUCAAGUAAAAGAUAUAUUUAGAAUUAUAAGAUCUUUUAAUAUAUAUAAUAUAUUUACCUUGAAAAAAUUAAACCAAUGUGAGAAGGCAAUUAACAGUUGA